UAGGUAUAGCUAAUUUAAUGAUGUUCGUUUCUGCUAACCAGUUUCGUUUUGAUUUUAGUUUUUGUAAUAUAACAGUUUCUGAGAUAUUUCCAUUGUUUGUUAUAAUGUCGUUUAUGUAUAAUAUCCCGAAUUCGAUCCAGUUUACGAAUAGUAACGUUCGUUACAUUACAAUAUUGAUAUAUUAAAAAAUAUUAAGGAGAUUCGAAAAGAAUAUUGUUAGGUGAAUAAUGGUCACUGUAUACAUGUAGAUACAUGUUGUAAUUGUAUUUCAAUUUAAGAGCAUAAAGUCUGGCGCUUCCUUUAUUUAGGUUAAGAAUGUCAAGGGAUAAAUUGUUUCAUAUCCCGUAUUUCUAUAGGAAAGGUUCUGGACCGUAAAACGAGUUUUUACUUGAUUGAGCAUCUCACAAUAAGUAAUUUCUAAAGCGUUUCAAAUAUGUGAACUCCCACCGUGUUUAUAACUGUAACAAUUGACGUCUGUUAUAAGCAAAUAUCAUAAUGUUUCAGGGGCGUACCUCUGAAGCACAAGGGCGAAUGCAGACCAUAUAGAGGAGAGAAACGUCAAUUUACUGCCGACGAUGACGUUACCAUGAUCUGUCCAGUGCAAUGUCAAGGUGACGAUACUUGCCCCGGCAGCCAGAAGUGCUGUCAAUACGGAUGUAUGAUUACGUGCCUCGAUCCAGUUUUCUACGACGGACCCACGACGCGCUUGCCAGGUCCCUGCAUCGUCAGACUUGCCGAAUGGGAAGCCGCAAACAGGCGUCUGGGAUUUGAGCGACCUCUUUGUGCCGCGAAUGGUGAUUUCAUGGGGACGCAGUACCAAGGCUCCCAAGCUAUCUGUGUUACUCCUGACGGCACUGAGAUUUCUUGUUUCGCGGUCAACAGGUGGGAGGCCGUCGACAUGGACUACCUGCGCACGUGACCAGUAUGCCUUCAAGCAAACGAUAAACGUUGGUCAGCGAUUCUAUUGUGACCGCUUCGGAAACUACAAGCCCAUCGGAUGCAGGGGUGCGAUGUGCUAUUGUCAUGAUCGCAGAGGAAACCAGAUUGGAGACAGCGUCAAUAUCGUAGAUGCGGACAGUCUUUACUGCUAGAGAGUCCGGAGUUCUCGGUAUGUUGUGGUGGAAUCUCCUGUCGAUUGGAUUUUAGUUCGUGUAAGCUGAAGCAUAUAUAUUUUGUUAUAUAUUGAUGUAAAAAAUCGAAAGGCACGAUGUGAUUUCUCCUUUUUUUCCGAUCAUUUCCUCUCUUACAAUGCCAGAAUCCUUUUUUAUCACAUGCCACACCCUGUUUCCCAUGUAAUACAACCAUAACAUAUAUUUUUAUAUUACACAUGUGUUCUAUACUUUUUUAGAGUUUUCUUUGGCUUAGUUUUUGUUUAUUGACCAAUCGCAUUUUGUUAUUUUGCUUAAAUGACUUUGCAACGUCAAAUGACGUCACGAAAGGUACACACCAUUUGGGAUUUAUCAUUAUGUUUGCGUAAAUAGUUCAAAAGUGUAUUAGAUAGUUCAAUAGUUCAUAAGAUAGUUCAAAACUUAUGUGUUGUUUUUCUCUAAAGACAGAUUAACGUACAUCAUGCAAGAUUUGUAUAAAAAUUAUGCCCGCAUAUUCAUGUGGAGUAAAACGCAUGAACGGUAGAAAAGUUGUGCUGUGCAUCUGUCGCAUCUAAUUUACACGGACUCGUCCACAACCCAUUGCGCAACCUCUGCGCAGAGAUUUGACUGGAACCAGCAUAGCUGGAUCAAAUCCCUUCCGUCAUACAGAACCACGUGAUGAUAGCCGUGCCACGUGAUACAAUAAUAGAGUAUUAAAGUAUAAACGGCAUAGAUAACAAUGUGUAAACGCCGAAAAAGCAUUUGCAGUAAAGUUGUUACUUUUGUGGAAACAAAAGACUUUAAAGUUUUACCGAUUAAAAAAAUCAUAUAUUUAUAUAUAUAAUGAUCUAAAAUACCUGCCGUACUUAUAAGCAACUACGUCAUAAUAUCCGUGGAACGUGGUACAAUAAUGGCGUCUUACAGUAUCAACAGUAAUUUUUAAAUUUGUAAAAAAGCAAUUUUUACUUUUUUGAAUUUAAGUUAUUUUUUUUUAAUUAUGAACCUUAAUUUAAACAGUAUUUUCAAAAUAUAAAAGAAAAUGAAACUCCUUUUCAUACUAUUAUACUUAAACAAAACAAAAAUAGCAUCCUACCGAACCUGGUAGGAUUUUCUUGUGAUGGCAGGGGUUGUAUGUGAGAGCGUGGAACGGCAACCCUGCGUGGAGAUUGCCCAUUUCGAUGAAGUUCUUUCCUUAAACUUGUUAAAUACAGAUAAUAACUGUUGAUAAAUAUGCGUAUUAAAGAAACUUAAAUAAUGCCUUUAUGUUGUAUUUAAAAACUGUUAAAUAGUUAAAUUUUAUUUUUUUAUUAUUUGUAUUUGUGUUUUCUGACAAUCUUCUCUACGACUGAUUUAAACAGAUGUUGCUUUCUUAUUUCAGGAACGCGGUUAGCUGCGAUUUCGACAGUAAAACGAGUGCAUGA